GGAGCGAAAUCCCGGAUGUGAGUGGGGCGGCGGGGCCGGGGGUGGCCGCGGCGGAGUCCAUGGCGGCGGUGGCAGUGGUGGGCGGGCGCCAUGGAUGAUCUGCGCCUGCAUUACCGCUUCCUGAGCUGGCGGCGGCGGAUCCGGGAGAUCCGGGAGGUGCGCGCCGUGCGCUACCAGGAGCGCGCCAAGCACGUGCUGGUGGACGGGGACACGCUCAGCUACCACGGGGACUCGGGCGAGGUGGGCUGCUACGUGGCGCCGCGGCCGCUGACGCGGGACAACAACUACUUUGAGGUGUCCAUUGUGGACAGCGGAGUGCGGGGUGCCAUCGCGGUGGGGUUGGUGCCGCAGCACUACAGCCUGGAGCACCCCCCCGGCUGGCUGCCCGGCUCGGUGGCGUACCACGCCGAUGACGGCAAGCUGUACAGCGGCCGCGCCAAGGGGCGGCAGUUCGGCACCAAGUGCAGCUCCGGAGAUCGCAUCGGCUGCGGCAUCGAGCGCGUCUCCUUCGAGGUGCAGACAGCACAGGUCUUCUUCACCAAGAACGGGAAAAGGGUGGGCUGCUCAGCCAUGCCACUGUCCCCCGAGGGGCUGUUCCCGGCGGUGGGGCUGCACUCGCUGGGGGAGGAGGUGCGGCUGCACCUCCGUGCUGCGCUGGAGGACGACAGCGCCAUGAUGGUGGACAGCCACGAGGAGGAGUGGGGCCGUCUGCACGACGUGCGCGCCUGUGGCACGCUGCUGGAGUACGUGGGUAAGGGGAAGAGCAUCGUGGACGUGGGGCUGGCGCAGGCGCGGCGCCCACUCAGCACCCGCAGCCAUUACUUCGAGGUGGAGAUCGUGGACCCGGGCGAGAAGUGCUACAUCGCGCUGGGGCUGGCGCGCAAGGAUUACCCCAAAAACCGGCACCCCGGCUGGAGCAGGGGAUCGGUGGCGUACCAUGCGGAUGAUGGGAAGAUCUUCCACGGCAGCGGCGUGGGGGACCCAUUCGGUCCCCGCUGCUACAAAGGGGACACGAUGGGCUGCGGCAUUAUGUUCCCCCGCGACUACAGCCUGGACAGCGAAGGGGACAGCGACGAGCCGUGUGAUACAGCACUGCCAGCGCGGCGCGCGGUGCGCAAUGUCACCUAUGUGUCCCCUGAGGACGAGGAGGAGGAAGAGGAGGAGGAGGAGGAAGAUGACGAGGGGGGGGGCACGGAGCAGGAGCGCGGUGGCACCAAAGUGGUGGUGUUCUUCACACGCAACGGGCAGAUCAUCGGCAAGAAGGAGGCGCGGGUGCCACCGGGGGGGUAUUUCCCCACUGUGGGGAUGCUGAGCAGUGGUGAGAAGGUGAAGGUGGACCUGCACCCCCUCAGCGGGUAGGGGGCAUCCCCCCUACCCCCCCCCCUCAUGGUGGGAUACCCCCUCCAUGUUGGCAGGGGUCCCUACUUUGCACCUCCCCCGGUAUUGUCCCUAUUCUGCUGAAUGUAUAACACCCCUAAAGUGGAGGGGGGGGGGGGG